GCUUGAACGAUAUCAAUAAACAAAUCGAAUGUCUUCUUUGGUGUCGCAUUCCAGAUCAUGUAUAACCCAGCGAGUGAACAUUCUGGGAAAUGAGAAGACUACCCAUUUAUCUAAUCAUGUUCUGGAUGAGUCUGGAACUUGCUAGAUGCCAAGGGAGGAAUCAUUUUAAGGAAAACCUAUGCCCAUGGCAGCUACAACUAACAGCGGCAAAGGCAGCCAUCCGACGUUCUGACAUGUCUCCAGAUUAUCUCCGCAUCGUUGAUUUUGGACAUCCCAAAGGGCGGGGAAUGGUUGCAAAUACUAACAUUGGACGAGGGGACUACGUAACGUAUUACCAUGGAAUCCGGGACGUUAUGGAACCUGAUGUAGCGGACAACACCUACACAUUUCAUAUAGCCUACCGCAAUACACGGUUCUGGGUUGAUGGGUCAGAGGAAGAUGGUUCCUACGCGAGACUUAUCAACGAUGAAUGGAGACACCCUAAUUUAAGGUCAAGGAUGAUGUUUGUAGACGGGGAGCCCCAUGUUAGUUAUUUCGCACUGAGACAAAUAUUGGAGGGUGAAGAGAUCCAUUACGAUUAUGGUGGCAGUGAGGAAUUCCUUCCGUGGAGAAAACUGGAGAACAGAAGUUACAUCCCGCUUUCUCCGUAGAGUCUCCAGGUCAACUUCCAGCUUGGCUAACAAUGUACCCGUCUCACGUUGUUAGCUGUCCAUCGUGAAUUUAUGUUAUCACAAGUCUCGACAUAGACCAGACAUAAUGCAUCACAACAAUCAAACAAUCCAAAUGGAGUUUAAUUGUUUUAACGACAGCGUAAUCUACAUUACAAGUUUCGUGUCCUUCAUGCAAUGUUCAUGCUCUUCUUACAAGUUGGGAUGAAAGACUCGUGAGGUACCUUCAAGAGGAUACACUUUACCUUCUACUUUGUGUUUAUUCUCAAAACUCAUUGCAGAGGCAUGCAAUAAGAAUAAUAAGAAUGUCACCGGCAGAUUCUAUGACACUGGCUUUGAGGUGCUGUACACAUUAAAAUCCAAGAACACAGGAAUUAAGACCACUUUUGUAAAGAAACAGUAGACGAUUAAAUUAAAGUUGGUUGAAAGAGAAA